AUGGAGCACUGGGACUCACUGGGAUUUUUGAUAGUCACACUCAACUAUAAUGUGACUAUUGUAGGGAAGAUCUGGCUGAUGUUGAUAAUUCUGCUGCGAAUGGCAGUGGUGGUGUUGGCAGGCUACCCCCUCUACCAAGAUGAGCAGGAGCGCUUUGUCUGCAACACCCUGCAACCAGGAUGCUCCAAUGUUUGCUAUGACUUGUUCUCCCCCGUAUCUCACUUUAGGUUCUGGCUCAUUCAGACUGUGUCUAUCCUGCUGCCUUAUGCUGCAUUCAGCAUUUAUGUUUUGCACAAGGUAGCUAUGUACAUGGUAAGAAUGCACUGUCUGGUGAAUGAGUGCAAGAGGAGCAAGGGUUUAUCAAGCCACAAAGAUGUGAAGGAGGUCUGUAGAAGUGCAGUCGUCAGUAGAGUAGAUUGUGGUGCAGGCAACCUAAGUGUCCUUAAUUUUUCAGGGGCAUAUACCAUUCAUCUUUUUAUUAGGACCCUACUUGAGGUUGCCUUUGCAGCUGUGCAAUACUUUCUUUUUGGAUUUUUUGUUCCUGACCGCUUUUCAUGCUACCACUCACCUUGCACAAGCACUGUUGAUUGUUAUAUCUCCCGGCCCACCGAGAAAUCCAUCAUGAUGAUUUUCAUCUGGGGGGUCAGCAGUCUGUCCUUCCUGCUCAGCCUUGCAGAUCUCAUCUGUGCUCUCCGGAGAAUGACAGCAAGAAACCAAAAGAACAAGCUGCUGGCAAAGCUCUGCACAGAGAAGGAGUUCAUGCUACAUCCUCCCCCAGUCCAGCACAGCAGCUCUUCUCCACCUCAAAAUGGGGAUGGCCCAGUAGCAAAUAGCUGUCAGACCAGUGAUGGCUCCUGCUCACUUCUCUCUGAAGAGGAAGAAGAGGCUGUUCUUCAUCCUGAAGGUGUCCCUCAGCAAAGUGCCAGCACUAGCCUCAGCAAUAAGUGCUGUGUAUCAGGGGACCUUGCUGUUAAGCAACAGAGCACUGAAGAACUCUCGUGUGCCAGUGACCACCAAGGAACUCCCUGCAGCCAAGUGAGACCCAGAGCUCAGCAAGACUUCAUUACAGAUGCUUCCCUGGCUUUGAGACCUCGGAUCCAGUCUCCCCUUGCAGUUUCUUCCUCUGCUGUUCAGAGCAAGCUUUUAGGAUUCUACCCUUCAGCUGAGCUAAAAAGCCCUGAUGCACAAUCAAAUUAUAGCAGCACUAGCUGCCUGAGGUCAAAAAAGUCAGAAUGGGUAUAG